UCGCGGCGAUGGCGGCGGCGGGCCCGGAGCUGUGCCCGCACUGCCGGCGCCCCUUCAAGCGGCUCCGCGCUCACCUCCCGCACUGCAAGGCCGCGCCGCCAGCGCCGCCCGCACCGGGCACCGAGCCCGGCACCGAGCCCCGGCCCGGCCCCGCCGGCGCCGCGCCGCCCGCACCCCGCACAGGCCCCGGCGGCGGCCGCGCCUCGGGCGCUCGCCCCAGCCCCGCCAGCGCACCGGGACCGGCGCCGGGAGCGAGCGCACAGCCCUGCCCCGCCACCGGCGGCGCCGCGGGGCCGAGCGCAGCGCCAGAUCCCGGCCCGGGCUCCGGUACCGGCCCCGGUACCAGCCCCGGCCCCGCCGCCCCCCGGAGCCGGUCCCGCGCGGUGCGGGACGUGGCCCGGAGCCUGGACCUGCACCCCGAGGAGGUGGAGGAUGUCCCCGGGAAGCUGAAGCAGGGGGUGAAGGUGGUGAUCGAGAAGCACCGCGCCAGGGUGGUCCGGGAGAAGGAGCCCCGGGGCAGCGCGGCAGCGGCGGGGCCCGGCCCCCGCAAAGCUGCCCAGAAAUCCGAGGGCAAGGAGGCUCGGAGCCAGGGAGCCGUGGGGAGCGGGCCUGGGAGCUCCAAGGGAGGAAAAAGCCGCUUAAAGGCAACAAAGGCGCUUCAAGAGCCGCCUGAGAGCAGAAAUAGCCCCGGUGAGCUCGUCCGGCUGGAGGGAAGAGACAAAUUCACGGCAGGAGAGGAGCAGGUGCUCCUGGAGUUUGGGGGGGGAUCUAAACCCCCCGUGUCUGCUUUGCAUCCCAAAAACCUCCAUCUGUCGCUGACGGAGGCGUUGGGAGGCCAGGGAACAUCCCAAAAUGAGCUCAGCAGCCUGCAGGGGCCGCAGGCCCUGGACCCGGGGCUGGCUCUGCUCCCCACAGCCAAAAUCCAACCCCCCUGUCCACCCCGAGCCCCCAGCAGGAGCGCCUCGGGCUUGGAGUGGUUCCCAGAUUUGUAUCCUGACUAUGAAGGGCUGAGGAUUUUUCCAGGGAAGCGUUUCCACGAGGAUAUGAGGAUCACGGCCCAGACACCCAGGGGUGGUUUCGCACAGGGGCAACAAGGUCCCCUCCGGGAGAGGCCCCUGCUGGAGGUGAGGCUGGGCGAGCUGCACACCUGGAUCAGCACCUGUGACUUCUCUCCCCAGGGGCUGCUGGGGGCAGUGCACAGAGCCUGGAGCAGUUACUGUGCCAAAUACAUCCACGUGAAGCAGGGGGGAGCUCCUGGAAUCUCCAUGCUCCUGGCUGGGUACUGCCUGCUCAGCUAUGGCUGGAACUAUCAGCACCUCAAGCAGCACCGCUGGCGAAAAUACCACUGAAGGAGCUGGAGCAGCAGCCAAGGAGCAGGCACAGCUCCUUGGGAGGCAGCAGAGCAGCCAGGACUGGGAUCCCAGCAGGAAUUCCCAACAUCAGAGCACCGAGGACUGGGAUCCCAGCAGGAAUUCCCAGCAGCAGAGCCCUGGAGCUGAGCAGGGGCCGCUCUGCAGGUCGGCUUGUGUAGCAGAGAGGUGACAGGGCCAGCCUGUGGUCACCCCUCCGUGGGUCAGGCAGCUUUCAGUAGUGAAAUGAGAAAGCAUUAGAGGCACCCUGAGAGAUCUGUGUGGGCAGGAGAGCUCCUAGAGCUGCAGAAUCCCACAUCCCUUGUCUGGGACAGGGGACAACACCUUGUCCUGAGCUGGCACUAGAGAUUAUUUGACAAUUCUGCUGUAGCUGAGUGUUGUAGCAAGGUGGGCUUCAACCCCAACACCCAUUCUCUAAGUCACACAGCUGGCCCAGCCCAGUUUGUACUCACCCCUUGUACUGGUGAGACUGGCCAGGAGCUGUGUGAGCAGCAGCUCAGACCACAGCACCCUAAUUCUGGGGAAGAAAAAUCCCUGGGAGGAGCUGUUGUGCCCAAGGGGCAAACCUGUGCUGCAGCAGACAAACCAGGACAGUCAGGAGUGCUAGUUGCAGCCUGCCAUUCCCAGACAUGUCUGGGAAAGGGCUGGUCAUGUUGCAGGCACGAAGGGCAAAAAGAAAAGCCAAGAAUUAAAAAGUCUGAGCUCUUUAUUCUAUAGAGUGCAGUAGUGUCGUGACAGAGGUGUGGCACCAAGAACUCUCACCAGCAAUAAAAACCUGUGUGGAUUUUC